AUGGCCUCAGCAGGCUUUACGGGUCCCCGAGACUCUACAAACUCGGUCUCCAGUGUUCGUUCCAGCAGCCGACAUCAGUUGAAACGUUCCAUCACCGAGCUCGCGUCGCCCGUGAAGCUCGGCCGUCGAGAGAAGAAAGAACGCGAUCGAUAUAAUGAGGACCGCGCUGUGCAUCCGCACCACAUCUCAAUCUCACAUCCCGUAUCUGCGAACCCACAAUAUCAAGGCAGAGCAUCAAUAGACAUCAUGACACGCUCGGAAGGCGUCACGCCGUACAUGAGCCCCGAUCAGAGUCGGAGGCCAAGCUUGAUGCUUUCGCGAGAGGAGGAGAACAGAGCUCUUAUCGUCCUUGCUCCGCCGGAACCCAAGAACAAGGAGAAGAUAUUGGAAGAUCAGGCUAAAACGUCCUCUCAGGUCGAGGGCCUGAAGCAAUCCCUGGUCGAGCUUGGAUCUUUCUCUACGUCCACAGCCCGGCGACUUGACGAGACAUACUAUGCGGUUCUUGAGAAGAUGAGUACGCUCCAGUCGACUGUUUCCGCCUUGAAAGAGUUGGCGGAGGAGUCUCAGAACAUCCAUCGAAAUUUUGAGAAGGACGCUUGUGAAAUUGAAAACGAUAUCACAUCGCAGAUUGCAGCAAUGGGCCAGUUCAAGGAGCACCAGGAGAACAUCGAAUCACUCACGACCCGUGUCCAAGAUGGCCGCGCAAGAAUCCGCGCUCUCAGUGAUCGAGUCGAUAUUGUCCGAGAGCAAGUUGAGCUCUGGGAGCGUCUAGACAAGGAGUCCCAGGACAAGACACGGUUGAGGCUGAGAGCUAUCAUCAUAUGCAUCACGGUUGUGUUCCUUGCAGUGGUGGUUCUGUUCUUCGGUGCUCAGUAUGUCUCAAGACAUAGUUCACUCUCGGGUAGUGAUAACUCGAGCACAUCUCGUGUUGCAGAGUCUAUCGUCCAGUCGCAUAAGGGAGCGGCACAUCCAUCAUUAUCUCUCCGAAGACCUGAGAAGAGUGGUGUUCCAUAUUCGAAGAGGAAGCAGGUGCAUACGCAUGCAGAGGAGGAGCUUCGUGUUUUCGACGAACUGUGA